AUGGCGCAGCCCAACGGCCACGGCCCAAGCGCCUCCCCCUACGAGCUCUACUACAACCCCUUCUCCAUCUGCUCGCUGAUGGUGCUCUACACGCUGCGUGUUAAGGGCCAGCCAAAGACGCCCGCCGAUGCGGUCGACCCGGAGGAGCGCUUCAUCGACAUCUACACGGGCGAGCAGAUGUCCGAGGCGUACCUGGAGAAGCAUCCCAAAGGCACGGUCCCCGCGCUGCUCGCCCCGUCGCUCGGCGUCAAACUGAUCGACAGCACGGACAUCACCCGGUACCUGUGCGACCGGUACCCGAGCCUCGUGCCCGCGGCGCACCGGCAGACGAUUGAAUCCCUGCUCGCGGAACUACACGGCAUCUCGUACGUGACCAUCUCGUUCAAGCCCGAAGACCGCCGCACCGAGGGGGUCAUGGAGGCCGUCCAGGAGAUCAUGGCCCGGCCGGACACGUCGCCGAGGUACCGGGAGAUGCUGCAGCGCAAGUUCGACAACCACCGAAACAAACUCCAGACGUUCAAGGACAACAACCAAUCGAUCGCCAGCGUCGAGGCGGACUCGAGGGCCUACCUGGACAAAAUCAGCCGGCUGCUCUCCACGCACGGCGGGGGACCACAAGAACAGACGUGGAUCUUCGGCGACGAGGUCGGCCCCACCGCGCUGGACGCACACACGGUCGUCUUCGUCGCGAGACUGCUGGACGCUAAGCGCGCGCAUUUGGUGCCCGAGGACGUGCUCCGGUACGGCAAGCCGAAGCUGCAGUCCACCGAGUGGUUAGGCAUCACCAAGGGGAAUCCCACGUUGCACACGCUCUGGGAAAAGCAGCAGCAGCAACAGCAGCAGUAGCAGAACGGGGGCAUUGAGUAAGGGCAUGCACGCACGCCGCUCAGACCAGGCUAGGGCUUGUCAGGUUGGGUUGGGCGGAGGGGUUGAUCUACGAGGAAGAUGGCUGAAACGCCAAGUUCGUCAAUCCGUUGGGGAGAAGCAGCUGCUAGAAUGCGGUGUCAAGUGAGUCAGCCAGACCGAACCAGGACGAUUAUUUUGUUUGGCGCCCUAAUGAAGGAGGCUCCGAAAGCCACGAG